GUGGCUAACGGAUUCAGAGCAGACGAGCAUUAACACAGCCAGCGACAGCGUCAACAACACCUAACAAUAAACACGGACUCUAUUUCCGUUGUUAUUUUGUUAUUUAGAAUACAAACGUUGUUUUUUACUGAGCGUCUUCUAAUCUGAAGGGAUUCCAGUGAGGGAAGGAGACAUGUCUCAGGAAAAGCCAAACUACCCCAUUAUGGGGGGGAACAACCCCCUUCACAGCGACAUCUAUGGGCCGCCCAAAGUCGAUGCUUUUGGCAUGCCUCCGCCCAACUACAGCCAGGGUCCAGGGGCCCCUCCAUAUGUGGCCCCGGGGCCCUACGGCCAGCCCGGUUACGGCCAGCCUGGUUUCGGCCAGCCUGGUUACAGCCAGCCUCAGCCCGGUUACGACCAGCCUGGUUACGUUCAACCCAUGGCACCAGGGUUCGGCCCUGCUCCGUUCCCAAACCCACAGCAGGCCUACAAUCCGGGGCCGUACCAGCAGGGGCCCGCCCAGCCUGCCUUUGGUGUGGAUCCUAAUGCAUCUAUUGAGAGCCCUGGAUACCACGGUGGAGACGGACCCCCCUCCUACUACGGCAAUGAUGAUUUUACAAACUGUGGCUGGGAAGAUAAGAGUAUUCGACAGGCCUUUAUUAGAAAGGUGUUUUUGGUCCUGACUGUGCAGCUGUUGGUCACCUUCUCUUUUGUGUCCAUUUUCACCUUUUCAUCUGACGUCAAACUGUUUGUACGGAGAAAUCGCUGGACGUACUACGUAUCCUACGCGAUCUUCUUUGUGUCCCUGAUCGUCCUCAGCUGCUGUGGAGAGUUUCGCCGCAGACACCCCUGGAACCUGGUGGCACUG